AUUAGUAAUAAAAAAGAUAGAUAAAAAUGAAAGAAAAAAGUGUAUAGUGUGAAAUGAUAGUGUGUUGAGGAUUAAUAAGGAAAUAAAAUAUUAAAGGCCUUAAAAAUUGAAUAAAAAUCUUGAAUUUAAUAAAAUAAAAAAAUGAGUGCUAAUGAUUUAUCUAAGGCUGAAAGUGUUGAUAACUUAAGCUAACAAUCUUCAUAGGAGGGACAGUAGAAGAAAUAAUAUAAGGCUCAUCGAUUGGGGAAUAGGAAAUAAUUAUAAAAUUAAAAUUAUUGCAUAAAGGAACCGGGAUCAAGCAGAGAGGAGAGAAAAUUGAAAUCGUAUUUGUAGAGAAUUGAAGAAUAAGAAAAAUUAGAAGAGGUAAGUCACCUUUAACUUUAGUUUUUAUUAAGGCAGCCUUAUUGAAACGAAAGCGUUCCAAGGUAUUUAAAGUUCAUUAUUCAAGCCAAACCAGGAGACUAAGAACAGUGAAACUUAAGAAGCUCCAAAGUAAAUUGAUGAAGUCAUGUAUAUACCAUAAAUAUAAUAUGAAGUAUGCCAAUAUAAGCCACAGUGUUACUGAAUCCCUUAUUGGUACCGUAAUAGUCUUAAUUAGAAGUGACAGCUUAAACUAAGCUUCGUCUAAAUCCCAAUCUCAAGAUGAAAGUAUCUUAAUUUUAAAUAUUUUUUUCAAAGGAGAAACAUCACAUUUUCCUUUAUCUCUCUGAUUGGUAUGAUAGAUGUAUUGAUAAUAUGUAAAAACUCAAUUCUACAGCCACUUAGUAGUAUUCACCACCAAAAAUUGCCAAAUGUGAAAUCACUAAUAUACAAUCAAUUAAUUAAGAUGUAUAUUAGGACACUUCCAUUUUAAUUAAGAAUUUUAAACAUUAAUAUUUAUAGUAGAAUGGAAAUGAUUCAAAAGAAUUAUUAAACAAAUACUCUGAUAAGAAGUUUUUGGAAACAAUCUUGAGAGAUAAUAAACAAUAAAUUUAUAAAAAAAUUGGAUUAGAAAAAAUUCAGAUUUCAAAUGGCAAAUUUAUUUAGAAGAAGAAUUGA